UGUCGCUGUGUUUAGGUUUUCUUCCCUUUCCUCCUCCUCCUCCUCCAUCUUCUUCUUCCUCGCUCGCAUCUUCUCUCUUCCUCCAAUUGCAAUCUCCAGAGAUCGAAUUGCUAAUUGUUUCGCCCUAAAUUAUCAGUUUUUUAACCAGGAAGCUUCGCCGAUCGGGUGUCAAUGGCUGCCCAUCUGUCCAAUUGAGCUCUCUGUGGGAGUUUCCUAUUUCAUCUGAAGCUAUGGAAAUGACGCCGGCGAAUUCUCUAGCAUGAGGUUUGGUAGGGGAAAGGAUGAGUGGCUCAUUCUUGUCGGACUUGGCCAAUGCUCCAUCGAGCUCGGUUUCGCAUCAUCAGCAGAUGCAAGCCUCUCAGGCUGUUCUUGGGCACUCCACCUUACGUCAGAGUGGUGCAAAUGUCUUUAAAAUUCUAGCGCAGAGAGAGUUGUCUCCUCGGACAAAGCAUUCGCCGAAGAACUUGUGGGGAGAAUCUUCGCUCUCUCAUUUUCACCAGGGUAGUGAAGCACAUAGAGAUGCUAGACGUGCUCUAAUUUCAUGGGUGGAAGCGGAGUCAUUACAGAAUUUAUCUGCUAAAUAUUGCCCAUUGUUACCCCCUCCAAGAUCAACAAUUGCAGCAGCUUUUAGCCCUGAUGGAAAAACACUUGCUUCUACUCAUGGAGAUCAUACAGUAAAAAUUAUUGAUUGUCAAACUGGGAGCUGCUUAAAGGUGUUGAUUGGUCAUCGGAGAACACCAUGGGUGGUGAGGUUCCAUCCUUUGUACCCAGAGAUCCUUGCAAGUGGCAGUUUGGAUCACGAAGUUCGCCUUUGGGAUGCAAAUACUGCAGAGUGCAUAGGAUCACGUGACUUCUACCGCCCUAUUUCUUCUAUUGCUUUUCAUGCCCGGGGAGAGCUUCUUGCUGUUGCCUCCGGUCAUAAGUUAUACAUAUGGCACUACAACCGAAGAGGGGAGGCUUCAUCACCUGCUAUCGUUUUGAGAACACGACGUUCACUUAGAGCUGUCCAUUUUCACCCACAUGCAGCUCCAUUUCUUUUAACUGCAGAGGUCAAUGAUCUUGACUCUUCUGAUUCAUCAAUGACACUUGCAACUUCUCCUGGUUAUUUGCACUAUCCCCCUGCCACGGUCUAUUUCGCAGAUGCUCACUCCAAUGACCAUUCUGGUUUGGCAGAUGAACUGCCGCUUAUGCCUUCUCCAUCAAUGAUGUGGCCUUCCAUUGGUAGAGAUGAUGGAAGAAUAUCUGUGCAGCGCAUUGAUGGGGAUGUUGCCUUAGUCAAUGGACAGCAGAGGGUAGAUCUUUCUGCCUCAGUGCGCCUUCUCACAUACUCAACUCCAUCUGGGCAGUAUGAACUUCUUUUGUCCCCUAUUGAACCCAAUAACCCUCCUUCCUUGCAUGAAGAGACGGGACCGAACCCUAUUCCUAGUGACAUGGAAACUGAGAUAUCUCAAACUGCGGUAGAAAAUGUAGAAGCUAUGGAUGUACAAACGGAGGGAAGAAGCAACCAGCAUUUGCCUUUUGCUGAUUCAAGAUACUGGGAGCUGCCUUUCUUGCAAGGAUGGUUGAUUGGUCAAAACCAAGCUGGUCCACGUGUUGUUCAACAACAGACAGCUGGAGCACAUGAAACUCCAUCUGUGUUUGGUGAUGUAGGGAGCCUUGGUCCCUCUUCAGCAACACCUAGUGGUAUAAACCCAUCUCGUCUUGCUGGAAGACCUUCUCCUAGAUAUCGUUCUUCACGAUCUAGGGCAAUUCCUUCAGCUGGAACUGGUGAAGGUCCUGUUUAUGGCAGUAGUGCUCAUGAUGAAAGUGAAAAUCAAGCUGUUGUCAAUAGACUAAGAUCUGAGCUGGCUGCAUCGCUAGCUGCAGCAGCAUCCACUGAGUUACCUUGCACAGUGAAGCUAAGAAUAUGGCCACAUGAUGUGAAAGAUCCCUGUGCGCCACUUGAUUCUGAUAAAUGUCGCUUGACUAUUCCACAUGCAGUCCUUUGUAGUGAAAUGGGGGCUCAUUUUUCUCCUUGUGGGAGAUUUUUGGCAGCCUGUGUUGCAUGCCUGCUACCUCAAUUGGAAUCAGAUCCUGGACUGCAUGGCCAGGUCAACCAAGACCCUGCUGGGGCAGCAACUUCACCAACAAGGCAUCCUAUAUCAGCUCAUCAAGUUGUCUAUGAGCUUCGGAUUUAUUCUCUGGAGGAGGCAACAUUCGGUUUGGUGCUUGCAGCACGGAGGAUAAGGGCUGCCCAUUGUUUAACUUCAAUCCAGUUCUCUCCGACUUCGGAACAUCUAUUACUUGCCUAUGGUCGUCGUCAUAGUACCCUUCUCAAGAGUGUUGUUGUUGAUGGAGAGACUGCAGUGCCUAUUUACACUAUAUUGGAGGUGUACAGGGUUUCUGAUAUGGCACUUGUCAGAGUUCUUCCCAGUGCAGAGGAUGAAGUCAAUGUUGCAUGUUUUCAUCCUUCAGUGGGAGGUGGCCUUGUCUAUGGGACAAAGGAAGGGAAGCUAAGGAUUCUCCAGUAUGAUAGCUCUCAUAGCAUGAAUUCAAUGUUACCUGGUUACCUUGAUGAAAACUUUGCGGAGGUACCCACUUAUGCCUUAGAAUGCUAGUAGCUGGUAGUUGCUGCAUAUUCAUCAGAUGUUCUACUCGGCAUGGAAGUUUUCAUAUCCUCAGGAUGGGAUGCAGUGUUCUCGUGCUUUUCACCGACUGCUUCUCACUCCGUUCCAGGGAUGUUCAUUAUCUCGUGAUGUUCAUUUUCUCAUGAUGGUGAAACACAUGGCAGAUUUCGUGUUCCUGGCAAAAUGCUCAACAUGCCAUUGAAAGACAGAGCCCGUACUUCCACUUCCCUUUUUCAUUAAGGUACAUGCUGUCUAGAUCCUUAGGAAGACAAAUCUAACUUGGGAGCAGUUGGGUUAGCGGGAAUAGAAGGUACCUGAGGUCCUUUGUUGUUGUAUAAUGGUGUAUUCUUCUUUCCUCCUCCUCUUUCUUCUUCUUCUUCUUCUUCUUCUUCUUCUUCUUUUAAAUUUUUAUAUAUAUUUCAUUGAGGAUUGUUAACAAAUACGCACUGCAGGUGUUUCAACUUUCUUGCGUUGGUAUUUACCCGCCAGCCCCUGGUGGGGUCACAAUGUAAACAAUGUCAGUUUCAAAUUCUAAUGAAAGCGCUAUUUUCCAGAAUA